AUGCGCGUAUGCACGCAGUUUUCGAUUCCCUUACUGCUAGCGCAUACUGUCGCUGCGAAGUAUUUUCCACCCACACCAAAGGAUUUGACGGUUGUGGAGUCCAAAUUCCAAGAAGGCGUAACAUUAUCAUACAAACAGACCAAUAUUUGCGAGACCACUGAAGGAGUCAGAUCAUUCACCGGUUACGUUCACCUCCCACCGCAUUCGUUGGAUGGCGUGGACGUCUAUCAGAAUUAUGACAUCAAUACAUUUUUCUGGUACUUUGAAGCCCGCAACGAUCCUGAGAAUGCCCCGUUGACAAUAUGGAUAAACGGCGGACCUGGGUCAUCCUCAAUGAUCGGAUUGUUCCAGGAACAUGGCCCCUGCUCUGUUAACAACGACUCUAGUACGACAACUCCGAAUCCUUGGUCUUGGAAUAAUAAGGUCAACAUGCUGUACAUUGAUCAGCCGAAUCAAGUUGGUUUCAGCUAUGACACGGUGACAAACGUCUCUGUGAACACCAGAUCGAUCCGCCCGUCUCAACAGUUGCAGCCGACCGAUUAUUCAGAUGGAGUGCCAGAGCAAAACAAUACGUUCUUCGUUGGCACGGCUAGCACCCAGAACGGAAAUUUCUCUGCGAACACUACCAUGAACGCCGCGCGCUCUUUAUGGCAUUUCGCACAGGUGUGGUUCCAGGAAUUCCCAGAGUAUAAAUCCAAUAACGAUAGGGUUAGUAUGUGGACUGAGACCUAUGGCGGUCGCUAUGGACCAGCGUUCAGCGCUUUUGUCCUUGAUCAGAAUGAAAGGAUCAGGAACGGUACAAUCACUACUGAGGGCCAAAAGCAUAUCAUCAACUUUGACUCUCUUGGCAUAAUUAACGGAUGUAUCGAUUACCUUACUCAAGCGUUGUCCUACCCCCGAUACUCCUAUAACAAUACUUAUGGGAUUCAACUGAUUAACGAGACCGUCUACAACACUGCCAUUCAGGACUUCGACGGGCCUGGUGGCAAUCGAGAAAAGAUCGCCAAUUGCCGAAGGCUCGCCGCCGAAGGAGAUCCAAACAUGUAUGGGCACAAUGACACUAUCAACGAAGCUUGCCGCACCGUCCCGCGUUUAGAAGGCUAUUAUCUUCAGGGCGGGCGAGGAUACUACGAUAUCGGCCACCUUGCUGUCGACCCGUUCCCCCCAAAUUACUAUCUGGGGUAUUUGAGUCAAGCUCAUGUGCAAGAAGCGAUGGGUGUUCCCGUCAAUUUCACUUCGCUAGCCCGGGGCGGCUAUCUUGGUUUUGGGGCGACUGGAGAUUAUAUAAGGACCGAUGCCCGCGGGUAUCUCGGGGAUAUUGGUUAUCUCUUGGACUCAGGGGUCAAAGUUGCUCUGAUUUAUGGAGAUAGGGAUUACGCGUGCAACUGGAUUGGAGGCGAGGAUGUUAGCUUGGCGGUUGAAUAUUCCGACUCAGAUAGAUUCAGGGCCGCGGGGUAUGCUGAUAUCCAUACGAAUGACUCUUACAUUGGAGGACAAGUCCGACAGUACGGCAACUUCUCAUUCUCGAGAAUUUACCAAUCGGGCCUUCAAGUUCCUGCUUAUCAACCGGAGACCGCAUAUGAACUGUUUACCCGCGUUCACUCCAACCGAGAUAUCGCCACCGGUGAAAUCGACACCGCGAGGGAGGUUACCUACAGCACGUCCGGCUCAUCGACAACCUUCCAGGUUAAGAAUGAGGUUCCGCCACUCCCAGAUCCAGAGUGUUAUAUUCUCCAAUUUGGCACUUGCACGACCCAGCAGAUUUAUAAUGUUGGAAAUGGAACGGGUCUAGUGAGGAAUUACAUUUUGAUUGAUGAUGAUGAUGAUGCAACUCCAGUACGACCGGUACAGCACCGAUGGUGA